AUGCCAGGAAUUCAAAGAUAUGUGAUAGAGGAACGGCAAGAUGCAUUCCCUUCUGGCACCUUUGAACAAUUUGGAAACUUGCCUCGAUUUCCAAACCAGGGCAUCCAGCAGCCAAUCCAGGCAUCAUCUCAACGAGAAACUAGAUCUCCUACAAGCUCUCCACCGGCAUCAAGCUCUCGUUCAACCUCUAGUUCGUCUGUACCGGUUGCGCCACCUCCAGCGACGCUGCCUGAAGAGACACCAUCAUCACGAAGUGAGGUGCCGUCUACAACUCAGAGUACCUCGACGAGCUCGGUGACGGUAUCGUCUACUACGUCCACUGCGUCCACCAGCACGGUUCUGUCCACGACGAGCGUACGAGUCACGACGUCGCGGCCGUCCGCUACGAGUGUUCAGACGUCUACGAUAUUUACAAGGACCACGACUAUGUACAUCCAAGAACCUCCAAUACCCUCCUCGAAUCCCAGCACCGACUCGAGUAGUGUCGAUCCAACGCCGUCACCGACUCACCUCUCUCCGACCGCAAUAGCCCUCCUCAUCACACUUGGUGCAUUUUUCUUCCUCCUCAUUUCCAUUGGGGUCUUCCGCAGUGUGCAUACGUGCAUCCGCAGACGUCAACGGGAGAAGCAUGACGACUCAUUCCAGAGCUCAAUGCACUCGGAAAAGGACGGGCCGAAGGAAACUUCUGGUAGGCUGGGUGUUGGUCACAAGUCAAAAUCUUUGUUCUCCAAGAGCCCGAGCUCAAUCUUUGGCGGCAAGGAGCGCACCGGGUUGACGCCGAAUCCGAGUUGGACGACGUUUCCUGAAGCCAUGUCUCCCGGCAUCAUUCCAUCACGGUAUCCCCUAGGAUUGGUCGUGCCACCUACGACUGUCUUGUUUCCCCAGUUGCCCUCUGGAGGUCCAAUCGGACUCGGAGUCACGACAAAGGUGGAGGAUGCUACUCCGAGUUCUCAUCCGCAGCAAACAUUUGCACCUCCUACAAUCACCAUCACCUCGAGCAGCCCUCGUCAGUCUUCUCAGCCGUCAGGAGAGAAUCCUCGCGACAUAUCUCCCUCGAAUUCUCUCAACUCGGCCAGUGUGUAUGAGCAUCCCGUUUACGGUGCCCAGCUUGUCAAGCCGCCCAAGCUAAGAUUAGCAAACGCGGACGCCGGAGGCCCCUCGUCUGACUGCGAGAGUGGAACGAGGAAUAGCGGUUGGAGUAGCUGGGACGAUAAUGUUGGCAUUGAGCUGGGCGUCAAGAUGGAUCGAAAGCUUGCUGGCUCUCGUCGGGCUAACAUGUACAAAUCCAAGACUGCUCCGUCGCCACUUCGUCGUCAGCAACGCCUCGAACCAGUCAAGGAAGUGUCGGAUUCCGAGACGGAGAGGCCGAAUGUCGGCUCUCGCACGGCCAUUGCGCAUUCCUAUUCCCAACGAAGGAGACCUGCAAAUGCGUCUCCACUUUCGACGAGGUCGAGUCCACGGUCAAUACGUAGCCCACGACGCCAGCAGACCGGCGAGCUGCUCUAUGAUCUUCCUAGAUUCGAUACUCUGAGCCCUAACAUGCCUUCGCCAUCGUCGCAUCGAGGGGCAUCAUUGUCGAGAUUACGUGGCUCGAACCCUGGGAGCAAGAGGAGACAAGACGCUGGGAACAACGUGAAAAGCUCGGAUGGAUCUAGUCUAGUGGCGAAUGCCGGCUCCUCCCAGGCGUUGAACCGAAACUCCAAUGUACCCUCUGUGGACCAGGGAACGCCGAGAAGGGAUAGAAAUGGCCAAGAGAACAAGCCAAUCUCAUCCUCGACUGGCGCCACCAACAGCAAGCUAAAAUCCUCAACGACUGGAUUUGCAUAUAAACUCACACCGCAGCUUGGGUCCUCACCCAAUCCGCAUACAAGAGUGGGUACACUCAUGAUGUCUGCGGCGUACGACGAGGACGAGGUGGAGAAUUCAUAUGUACGGCGACCACCCCUCAAAGACACGACCAAUCGUCCCCCGACUCGGGUUGGGCUGGGUGUCAUGAUCCCGUCUGACGAGUCAAAGGAGAGCGACCUUGCCUACGUCGAAUCUGCCCUAGCGACACCAGAUUUUGCAAGUACGGCCUACAGCUACAGUCCAAAACGAGAUUAUCGACGACAUACGACUGGUACGAACGAGAGACGGCGUUCGACAGAUGACAGGCAAUACACUCCUUCAAGCGACAGAAGGUUCACAGGCUCUUCGACCGUGACGACGCCAGGAACCGGAAAGAUCUCACCCGAGUACCGCGACGUACCGUCGCUUCCGCCAGUUGGGGGUCCAAACCUGCAGCAAAUUAAGAUGAUGCGCGAUCAGCCCGACUAUAGAAGCCCGACAUAUAGUAUUUAUGGGCUAUACCGCGAUCAGUCGCGUGUGAGCCCGUUGAACGCAACACCUGCAGAGCUAGUACAAUACUCGAGCGCUCCGACAGAGCGGCUAUAG